GCGCGGCCGCUCGCUGCACCAAUUCACAUACGGCCGCAGAGCUCAUCUGUUAUUCUGAACGGAACUGACUCUCAACUCGAGCCGCCUCGCACUGCAUCUGUAUAAUACCAUCUGUGCCUGUUUGCUCGGGUGAUUUCAGUGGGAUUUACUUCCAAGUAAAUGUUCCUAGAACUGCCGUUUCAGAGGUGGCUGGCCAUAAGCCCCACUGGAUUCCACAGAACGUGCAUCGAAGCAAAGAUGCAGUGCUCUGAGAUCGUGUUAACUCUUACCGGGAGGUAAUUCUAUUAAUAGAAUGGUCCUUAUAAAUUCUAGCCUGUAGUAAAUGGUUUCAUGCCAGGUCAUUUAAAUCUGAUCCAAGCAAAUUCCUAGCGGUCCUUACGCAAUUGCAGUCUAUAACUCCUCCUAUAACUUCUGGGCGGAGAAACCGCAAACAUAUCAACCAUGAGGAAGCUAGAAGUCUUGCCAUUGUGUUGAUAGUCGUCGCCCAUCUCAUCUGAGACUGAGGAACGCUUCAGGUCCAGGCACACAAGGUGCAUAAGUGUGACACAACUGGUGCUAUCUUUUAUGAUCCUGACAGCUUGGUGGGGGUCCAGUUUGUGGAGCAAAAUGUCUUUCCAGAUUCUGGAGCUCUCCCUGGAAAACUAUGCAGUUUUCAUUUAGAGAUAGAAGAUAGUAUAAUUGGAAGCAAAACACCAUUACAAAAUUCAAGCUACAGAUCCUACAUUUAUGCGACCCUGGUGAUAAUAGAGAAACCAUAAGAAAUAAAUCACAUUUGAGAAAGAAAUGUCUUCCUGGAUCAUAUGGUGCUUUGCUUGCAUGUUAUCAUUUUGUGUCAUGCUAAAGCCAUCUCAAAAUCAAGAUUGUGCCACAGAGAAGAUGGAGAAUAUCGUCAUUGAUAUCAAAGCAGCUCUUUCCAAAGGCAUCCGGGGGGGAGAUCCAAUCCAUACCACAUCCUGGGAAGCCUGUGUUAAUGUUUGCUGUUUAGGGAAAAAAAUAGCAGACAAGAUGUGCAAUUACGUCAUCUUUAAUGCCAGAAUGAAACGUAGUUAUCCAAACUGCUACCUCUUUUAUUAUCCCAUUAAAGAAACCUGCCCAGUGAAGCAAGCUUUAGGAAUGGUGACCUAUAGAAUAAUAAAAGACCUAGCGUUUUUCCAGGUUACACCUUCCCCGAUCAAGUCUUCCCAACCCACUGUGACUGGGAACUUUGUCGCUCCCCAAACUACCAUAUCUGAUCCUCACAGUUCAGCCAGUCAUUUACAUUCAUUGAGUCCUACACAAAAGCCCACUGACCCCAAGGAAAUGGCUGUCUUGGGCUACAUGGGGAAACCAUUAGUUAAGAUCAGUGGACACUCCAAGAAUCCAAAAGAUGAAAGGGGAAACAGUUCAGAGAACAUAAAUUCUUCACCAGUGCAUGAAAGCAGAAGUUCAUUGCUCUCAAGUACCCAGCUGCCUAUUGUUUCUACCAGCACCCAGGCUGGUACUGUUGCUUUUGUAAUUCCUCCAGUAUCUCCUAGCACGGCAACAACCACAAGGUCUACCACAACUUAUUAUGAAAAAAUGCCUACGCCAACUGUUAGUCCGCUAAGUACCACUAUCUUCCAGUCAUCAGCCAUUCCUGGAACUAGUGCCAGCAAUCUCAGCUCGUUGUUUUCUAGUCUGCCUGCUCAUAUUUCCUCAGCUUCUUUACACAAUGCCCAUCUUAGUAAUGGGCAACAGGUUUCAGAAAGUCAUCUCCUCGAUGGAAUUCCAGAUACAAAAGACUCCUUUUACCAUGGUGACAAAACCAUACUUUUUGCUGCAUUGCUUUUUGGGGUGAUAUUCUUUGUCUUGAUUACAGGACUGGUAGGCAGAAGGAUGCUUGAAUCUCUUCAGCAAAGGCACUACACUAGGCUGGACUACCUGAUAAAUGGCAUGUAUGCCCAUUUGUGACAAAAGGUUAACAUAAAGAAAUGUAUUAGUGAUUAGCCAUUUGUAGGCCUUAUGAAAAGGUGGAUUGGAUUUAUCAUCGUGGAGGACAUGUUCUUUUUCAUCUAAUCAUUACACUCUUUUCACAAUGUUUAGACAUUCUCACAUAAUGUUUGUUUGCAAUGUAUCACGUCAAAAUUGUAUGUUGGGUUUCCGGUUUUGACCUCAGGAGUUCUGUGAUAGAUUUGAUGUGCUCUUUUCACAUAAUAAGCAUAAUGACGGCAUUAUGUUUAUGUGGGAUUUUCUUUGGAAAGAAAAUAUUUGUCUGCCAGAUCAAUUUGUGUAGCAGUCAGAGUGGUAAGUCUGGCAAACACCAUGCAGCCCCUUUUUCCUCCAUGGUCUGUCAAAGUCAUUCGCCCAGGCACAACUGUUAUGGAGUUACUAUGCAAAUAGUGUGCUUUUAACUACCAAUGGUAAUAUUGCAUUGCUUAUACUUCCUGCUUCCUGUUCUUACCUUUGACCCAGAUGCAGUAAUACAGUCCUUCAUGACUCCUCAGACUAACAGCCUGCAGUGUCAUCAGUUCUAUACAUGAAACAUGGUGUCAGAAGUGACUUGAAUCUGGACAGAGCCUCUUGUUUGGAGUGCAGCAGCCCUGGAACACAGCACUGAUUUGUGAGUUACAGCUUGAGACCGUUCAUUGUGCAUUUUCUGAUACUGGAGGGCUGUGAGGCUUACCAACAUCAUGGCUGCUAUGAAUUGCAUACUUCCCCCAGAGGGGAUGAAAAUCAGUGGGGAUUGUAGCAGCACUGGGAAACUUUCAGAGCUGAAUGUGAGGAUUACUCCCUGGCUACAGGGCUGAAUGAAAAAUCAGCAGUGCAGGCAGCCACUCUGAGAAGAGUCAUGGGCAGUGAAUGCAGGCAUGUGUAUAAGCACAAUCUGAACCUCUCAGCAGCAGGAGAAUGUUACAGCCAUUCUGGAUGCUCUAGGAGCUUAUUUCAAACCUGCUAAAAAUGUCAUUUAUGAAAGAUAUGUGUUUGGAUGCUGCAAACAAGAGGAGGGAGAAUCUCUUGACAGCUUUGUUACUUGCUUACGAGAAAAAGCAGCAACUUAUGAAUAUGGCACGCUGAAAGAUGAACUAAUAAGGGACAAAAUUGUCCUUGGUGUAUCUAUUGAGAGCACACGCAGGUGUCUUCUAAGAGAAUGUGACUUAACGCUAAACACAGUCAUUGAAACGUGUCGUACAGCAGAGCUCACUAACAGACAUCUGAAAGUGAUGGAACAGGACAGACAGACUGACAGCAUAAACAUUGCAGUGCAGCAAUGGCACAUAAGCAAACCGCAAGGACAGCAAUACAUGCUUAGCGCAAAUGCUGCCAACUCUACAGCAUGCAAAUAUUGUGAGACUGUGCAUCAAAGCAUUAAAGAGCAGUGUCCAGCAUAUGGGACAUCUUGUAUGUCUUGUAGAAGAGCAAAUCAUUUUGCUAAAGUUUGCUUGUCAAGUAAAAAACAAGUGUCAUCUGGGAAAUUACACGCUAUGGAGGAUGCACCUGCAUAUGAGGAGGAGCCACACACCGCUGAAGUGAUAUACAGCAGUGAAUUAAUCGGUGCUCUGCAAUCCAGAGAAAAGAAAUGGUUUGUCACUUUAAUAUUAAAUAAUAAGCCUCAAUCCUGCCAGCUCGAUUCGGGAGCGACAUGUGAUGUAAUGUGCUUGAGAGACAAAAUGACGUUAGCACCGAAAGCACCUCUACUGUCAAGUGACACCAAACUAAAGUUAUACUCAGGUGAAAUUAUGAAAUCUCUUGGACUGUUCAGGACAUAAUGUGUCGUACGUGGACAAGCUAGAGUUUGAAAUUGUGGAAGCUUGCCAAAAGUCACUUAUCUGGCUCAACCUGUAAGUGUCUAGGGCUGAUGCACUUCUCCAUCCCUGCAGAGCUCAAUGUGAUGGACAAUCAAUUUAAAGGGCCCUUGACAAAACAACUGUUACUACAGGAAUUUGGUGGUAUUUUACAGGGCCUGUUGAAUCUGUUCCGGGGGAAGUUCAUUUUGACCUUGAUGUGAGUGUCCCUCCAGUCCAAUAUGCACCACACAAUGUGCCAGUGGCCUUGAAGCAGGCAGUUAAGGCACAGCUUGACCGGUAUGAGGCUGAUGGUCAUAUUGCACCAGUGACUGAACCAACUGAUUGGAUUAGCAACAUGGUGAUUGUAAAGAAGCCUGAUAAGCUAAGAAUAUGCAUAGAUCCCAAAUUUUUGAACCAGGCACUGAAACGAUCUCAUUACAUAAUGCCAACUCUCAAGGAUGUUUUGUACAAGCUGCCUAAAGCACGUCUGUUCACACUUGUUGAUGCCUGGGAUGCAUUUUUGCAGUGUAAGUUGGAUACUGGAAGUAGCUACAUGACAACCUUCUGGACUCCCUGGGGCAGGAAAAGGUGGCUCAAACUGCCUUUUGGAGUCUCAGUUGCACCAGAGGUGUAUCAACAUAAACAACAUAAACUAUUGGCCGGACUUAAAGGUAUUGAACCAAUAGCUGAUAACAUACUUGUAGUUGGCUGUGGUGAUACAAAUGGAGAAGCACAGCAAGAUCAUGAUCGCAAACUGCUGGACUUGAUGAAUCAUUGUAGGCAAGUGAAACUGAGACUUGGAGUGAAAAAACAGCAGUUCAAGGUCAAAGAGCAUGAUAAGGCAGUGCAGGAAAUCAAAUGUUUGGUCACGGAUACACCUGUCCUUAAAUACUAUGAUGGUACAAAACUGGUAACUAUUCAAAGUGAUGCAAGCAAAAGUAGACUCGGGUGUUGCCUGUUGCAAGCUGGACAGCCUAUCACUUUUGCUUCAAGGGCACUGACCCCUGCAGAGCAAAACUAUGCACAAAUUGAAAAGGAAUGUCGCAAGAUCACGGCAGAAACUGACCAUAAGCCUUUGAUAUCUAAUUUCAAGCAACAGCUUUUGUGUACACCUAAGCGCUUACGGAGCAUGUUGCUCAUGUUACAAAACUAUUGUCUCAAUGUGGUUUAUAAACCUGGACCUGAAAUGUACAUCAGUGACGCUCACACAGUUUGCAAUGUUCAACAGGACCUGGAUGUCCUGUCACAGAUUAAUAAUUCAGACUAUUUAAACAUCACAGACCAGUGACUGCUUCAGAUAAAAGAGCACACAGAAAUUGACGAGAGUUUGCAAGUACUUAAACCUGUUCUGAAUGACUGGCCAGAUUCAAAGGAGGAGGUGCCAUUAAUUGUGAGAGAAUACUGAACUUUCAGAGACAAAAUCGUCAUUCAAGAUGUCAUACUAUAUAAGGGGCCAAGAGUCAUCAUUCCUAAAUCUUUGAGAUUGGAGAUGUUGAAACGCAUUCAUGCCAGUCACAUUGGUGGAGAAGCAUGCUAUAGGCAGGCACAAGAUACCCUUUACUGGCCCAACAUGCAGAAUGAGAUUAGAGACUCCGUUAGUCAUUGCUCAGCAUGCAAUGAGUAUGCACAAGCACAGCAGAAAGAACCCAUGAUGUCACAUGUGCUGCCCACCCGGCCUUGGCAAAUUGUAAGUAUGGAUUUACUGAAUUAUGUGGGGCAAGAUUUUCUACUAAUUGUUGAUCACUAUUCUGACUUUUGGGAAAUUGAGCUCCUUCCUGACCUGUCUGCUGAAACUACAGUCAGGCAUUGUAAAGUACAAUUUGCACGUUAUGGCCUACCAGAUAGGGUAAUCUCAAAUAAUGGACCCCAAUUUGCAUGUGAGCAAUUCAGAAGGUCCUCUACAAAUUGGGGAUUUGUGCAUGUUACCUUAUCCCCCCCACCCCCGGCACCCACAAGCUAAUGGCAAAGCAGAAUCAGCUGUAAAGAUAUUGAAGAACCUUUUCAAGAAGUUCAAGUAUGAUGGUAAUGACCUGUGGAAGGCCAUUCUACAUUGGAGGAACACCCUGACCGAAGGCAUGGACAGUAGUCCUGCACAGCGUUUGAUGUCAAGGAGACUGAAGACUUCAUUGCCUGUGGCCAACAAACUGCUUGAACCUUCUGUGUUUACAGGUGUUCUGGAGAAACUGCGACAAAGGAAACAAACCUCCAAACUGACAUAUGACGUGUCUGCCAAAGACUUACCUGAACUAAGCAUUGGAGAGCCAAUCCGUAUGAAGCCACUUCCUGACGACAGGAGUGGUCACUGGAGACUGGGUACCUGUGUUCAGAGGAUUGCCCUUCGCUCUUAUGUUGUGGAUGUGGAUGCCAGUCUCUACCGUCGCAAUCAAGUGAAUCUGCGAGUGGCAGAACAACCCACCUCACAAGCUUAUGAGAGUCCUGCACAUGAUUCUCCAGAGGUGUUCAAUGCCCCUAGUCCUGCUGGACCAAGUAAGCAAUAUAGAGACAAGACUACUGUCAUAGCUGAAGGAAACAAUGAGGAUGAAAUAAUGCAACCGCACAUACCAGUAAGUUCUUCUGUGCCAAACACACCAGUCAGGAAACAGGACAGUUUCUUAUCAACACCUUCUGGAGCUAAACAGCUUUCACCAGGCAAAAUCCUUGUGGCCUUGCGAAGCAGCCGAGUUUCAAGACCUCCAGAUAGACUUAAUCUGUAGCCUAUCUACUAGUAACACAGUAUGUUAUGUUUAAGAUUGUUCGGGAUCUGCUUUUAGGUUAAUUGUUUACACAUUGUUGAAUUAUAUGUAAAAAAGGGGAGAUGUUAUGGAGUUACUAUGCAAAUACUGUGCUUUUAACUACCAGUGGUAACAUUGCAUUGCUUUAUACUUCCUGCUUCCUGUUCUUACCUUUGACCCGGAUGCAGUAAUACAGUCCUUCAUGACUCCUCAGA